AUGCCUAUCGGCGAGAGGCCUCCCUCACCAUCGAUUCAACGUCUCAGGGACGCCUCGCUCGUCAAGACGGCUGCGAAGCGCAUCAAUGCCGAACCCAAUGUGUCCCCCUCGGUGAACCCUUGGAACUCCACGCGUGCGGCCUCGCCCGUGGAACAAAACGGCAAAAGCUAUGCGGAGGCACUCUCCGCCUCCCGCCCUCAGUCGCCCGAAUCCGCUGAGCUCCCCCUUCUCAUCCCGACCGAGCCCUCCUCUCCACUGGUGAAGACGGAGCCUGUGGAGGAAGCUAUCGCCGAUAGAGCAGCAGCGGGGGCGGGAAUGGAGGCAAAUGGUGACCACGAAGUGGUUGAAGUUUCUGACGCCUCCGAUCAAGAGGCCAGCCGCACCCGCUCUGGGCGCCGCAUCUCUGCCCCUAAGUCCAAGUCUAAGGAUAAGAAGAAGUCGAAGAAAGCUACAAAACUUGCGACGAUGCAGCCCCCCUUGAUGGCGGUCGACUCCUCCGCCUCCGCAGCCUCCUUGACCGCCACCCCGGCCGACACACCCACUGCUCACUCUACACCCGCCGAGACCGCACUCCCACUCUCCGCCCCGGCCACUCGAACCUCCCGCCUGGUCAGCGAGUCUAAGAAACGCCGUCGCGUCUCUACUGACAUCAGCGGUGGCGACGACGCCGAAGGAACCAGCUCUCGAGUACAAGAUGCCCCUCCCACUACGCUGACCACUGUCCCUGACCAAAGGGCCUCCUCCGUUGUGUCCUACGCGUCCGCGAACCCGUCCCAGGACCGCGUCGACCAGCCUCUGACCGCGCCCUCUGACGCUGGAGCGACUGACUUCGAGAUGAUUGACCUCGACCCGGGCUCUGACUACGACAUCCCACAUACGCCCGCCUUCGCCUCUGCGACGAACAUCGCCUCGGGACCCACAGACCCUGAUGCUGCGCGUCGGAAACGUCUUGGAAAGCAGCCCAUGCGCGACAACCUCUCCAACUCCGACCUCCCCUCCACCACUGCUCAAGCAAGCGGUGCGCAACGGAUCGCGAAGCACGCCAUCCACGGCGCAAUCUACCAAGGGCACCCUAGCCCACCGGCACAAUACGCGUACGACCUUGCUCGAACGCGGUCUGGGACACAGCCUCCCCGCACGCCUAGCCGCCUGCCGAACGUCGUCCAACGGCCGCCAUCGCCGCCGCAGGUACCCCACUAUCCUGUACACUACGCGCCAGGACCCUUCCCCGUAGCGAACAACGGCCUUGCCCAGCCCCCCGUCCCACAUCCUGGCCUCCCACCACCAAUGGUGCUAACGCGCCCGCCACCAGGCGGCCACCGUCCCAUCCAGGGCAGUGACUUCUAUUACUUCUUGCGUAACAUCCUCUCCUCGCAACUUCACGCCUGGGCCGGCAUCGACGACGAUUUCGUAUUCAUACAGUUCCCCGGGAAGGGCGCCCAGGACGCGGGGAACCACAGCCGUAUGCAUGCCGUAGAGGCCGUGCUAACCAAACACCUUAACAUCAACGGAACUACGCUCUUUCAGCCGCUCCCCGAAGUCGCACAGCCCCGGCCCAACGCAGACCCAAGGUGGUACCGCCUCGGCAAUCUACAACCUCGAGACCGCGACACCUUGGUCAAUGGUGUCUGGUGGGAUGCCCCCGAAGGGACCUUCUGCGUCCUCGCACCGAACAAGAUGCCUCCGACGUACAUUGGUACGUGGCGCCACUCGCACCGCUUGGGUUCCACGACUGAAGACGGCAUGGCGGUGAGCUUCCGCGCGACCCUCGAAACCCACGAACCCGCCACGUACAUCAGGGCUGUCCUAGACGCCGACCGUCGCGCUGGUGGCAGAUGGCGGCACUACACGACCGAUGAAUCCUUUCAGCAGGUAAUCGCCUCUGUUUCCGUACGCAGACUCACCCUUGAAGCGCAAGGCGAGGGCGAUUCUGGCGAACCCGUUGUAUCGCUGUACAUCGAAUCCCCGACGCUUGAUGCGGCAGAGUGGACGGACUUCCGCUCAUACCUCCGCGGACUCACCUACGGAGGCACCCACGCUGGCCCUCCAGAACUAAUCGUCGAGACCUUCUUUUGUGCGUACUGUCACAGCAUCGACCACCCCACUUACCUGUGCACGGUCCCCACUACCCCCGGCUGGCAUGGUCCCUCUCUGGACGCUGCGCGUAAUGCGAUAACGGCCGAACGACGCAACAUGGACCGCAACGCGAACAACGCACGCGGCGGUGGUCGAGGCGGCCGAGGACGCGGCGGUAGGGGACGCGGCAGACGCGGUGGCUAUCGAGGCAGGGGAGGCUUCGCCCCUACUUAA